GGUUGUGUAUCUCGUCUUCGCUGCAUCGGGCAGGACCUUGCACAACUCCUUUCAAAUAGUGACCCAUUAUCCACAGAUCCGACCUGCCGCCUGCUUGUUAAACCCUUCUGUUUUGUAGUGUUGUUUCUUCCAUCCCCAGAAGCACUCUCAUUGCGGCACUUCAGCGCCGGGUUCCCCAUUUUUAAAAGGUAUAUAUUCAUCACCACUUUUGGGGAGUAACGGCAGUCGGCACCGUCUAAGUGUUUUGUGGAGCCCUCUGACAUCAUUAGCCCAGCGAUUCUUUUUUCGUUUUCUCCUUCGCCCCUUCACAUAUUAUUAUUCUUCACAUUUGAGACCGCCGCCGCGAACACAGAUAUUUACACUCUCUUAUCUCUCUUACUAGGUGGCUAUGCCGAUGUUGUCUGAUGACUCCAUCGCGCUGCAGGACGAGUGGAUUCUGCAGCUUGGUGGGACCGUGUCGGAGCUGCAGAGCGUCGCUGGUGAAGCAUGCCGGCACCACGAAGGCUACUUAGCCGCACUGGGCCGCAUGGGCGAGCUGUACGCACACUGUGGACGACUCAUGGUGCGGGCGAACAACCCUGUUCUUGCCGCGCCGCACCUAAUAGACGCCGCCGCCGACGCAAGGCGGGUUGCCACGCAGCUGCAGCUGUCGAUUGACCAGUGGCGGCACUCGUCCGACGAGCUGGCACUGCGCUCUUUUCUUCAAAACCAGCAGGCGCAGUGGAAGAUGUGGGAGGACGAGGUGCAGCGGUCUGUGGCGCACCACAAGCGGCGACUGACCCACUCGCGCACCAUCGCCGAGGUGCGGCAGAACGUGAAAGCCGCCGAGAAGAGGAACAAAUACAUGGGGGAGGAGCUCAAGUUUCAACUCGAGCAGCUCGAAGCAGCGCGGAAGCCGAUGGAUGUGAAGGUGCAGAAGGAAAUAGAAGAGAAUGCGAAGCUGUGCAGCAAAGACCUCAUAAAAUUCGGAAUCGAGUUCAUCGACCAAAUGUCGAAGAGCGGGCAGAUGUGUGCGGUUAGCUUUCAACCGAUCGGUUUCGCAGAUGUCGCGGUCAGCGCAGCGAAGGUAGUCAACGGCUCUGCAAGUUCGCGAAGCGCGCCGACGGAAUCUGUGCUGGGCGUUGUGCUGCAUCGACCGUCUCCGCGCGAUGUGGUGGAUGACGGCGCCGAAACUGUCGACGGCGUCAGCUACACGCGGAGUUACACCUACCAGCGCGACAGCACCCGGAGCUCACAGGUGGCUCCAUCGUUGCUUCCUAAUCGUCCCAGCACGAGCUAA